AUGUCUCAGGACCUCACACUUUCCUGGUCCUCCAGAAGAUAUGCAGAUCUGUCUGCCAUAACCCCUGAAGGAAAUGUGACCAACACCACAAUUGAGAUGCUUCAGAGCAAUAUGCUUCAAAUUACUUUGCCCGUUCUCUUCUCCAUCAUUUUCAGCAUCAGCGUCCCUCUCAACUGUAUUUCCUUAUGGUUCCUUUGGUGGUAUUCAAGGCCUUGGACUCCCAUCAUUGUGUUCUCCAUUAACCUGACCAUCGCGGACUUGCUCUACAGCAUGCUCCUCCCCUUCCAGAUAAUCUACCACCUGAAGAAAAACAAUUGGCUCUUUGGGGAUGCUCUGUGCCGUGUCAUCACUGUUCUGUUCUAUGGAAACAUGCACUGCUCUAUGUUAACCAUGAUGAGUAUCAGCAUUGAACGCUAUCUGGGAAUAGUCCAUCCCCUGCAUUACAAAACCAUGAGGCCAAUUAGAACUUCCCUCUUGACCUGCGUUGUCAUCUGGGCACUCGUUUUAUUGCCACUCAUCCCUCUCAUGAAGCAUAACCUAACCAUUCACGUUCAACAGCUGUCAAUAAUCACCUGCUUUGACGUUUUGCCUCAAAAAAUGUUUCAAGAUGCAGAGCAUUUCAUUGCUUACUUUGGCUCCAAGAUGUUUUUCUUCUUUUUCCUCCCUUUAAUUGUCAUGGGAUUCUGCUACGUCUCCAUCAUCCUAACUCUUCUCCACUCCUCUUCUACACAACUCAUAGAAACCAAGAGGCAUACUGUCCGUUUGAUAAUAGUGCUGCUGCUGGUGCUCUUCUUUUGUUACCUGCCCCAUAUUGUCAUAUCAGUUAUCCAUUAUGUCUAUACUCUCAAUUACAAGUCAUUUUAUGUGGAAUAUAAACUUUCACUUGCAAUGAACAGCUUCAACUGCUGUUUUGACCCGUUUGUUUAUUACUUUGCCUCUAAGGAAUUUCGACGAAAGAUACAGAAGAAGCUCUGCAGAUGUGUGGUUGCUAGUUUCAGUGAAAAUACUCCAAUCUUCUCAGAACAUGACAUGCAAAUAACACCAAUACCAAAUGUGCCAAAGAAGUAGUGCUGGAAUAUAAUAAACUGGUCAUUGC